AUGGCCGCCUGGUUGUAUGAUCACCAUGGCAACUAUUGUACUAACAUGAUCAGAGUAUCGUGCUCGGAGGGUGCUGUAGAGGCCUGCUUUGAGGAGAGUGCUGUAGAGGCCUGCUUGUCACACGGCCUCAAGCGACGCACACUUGGCCUGUUCAAGACCUCCUCCACCACGGCUCUCAUACACAAGGUGGGCAAGUGCUUCGAACCUGCCUCCAAUGUGUCCAAGAUUGUCCAGGAGAUAGAAUCUUCUGAUAUUGGAAGACGCAGUAGUGGCAGCGGAGACUCCAGCUCCCGCCUGGGAAAGCCGCCCUUGGUCAAGAAGAACUCUGGCUCCAUCACCAGUUGCAGUAGUCCACCCAGGUACCUGUGGAUCCGCGUGGCCCUGUUCGAGAAGGUCCUGGCCAAGAUCAUCGACUACCUGGUGCAGAACAGCAACAAAUACUACGAGAGGGACUCGCUUGUAGCUGACCCAGAUUACGGCACCAUCCUCAGCUCUCUCUUAGUUGGUCCGUGUGCCCUGGACUUCAGCAGGAUGAAGACAGUGGACCACCUCUGGACAGACCCUCCAGCAGAUGAACUGGUGCAGCGUCACAGAAUCUCAUCAGGGCACUUUACAGGUCCCUCUACACCCCCUGUCCCUCGUAGACCUGGUCUCCAUGAUGCAACUCAAGGAGGGAAGUCUAAAUACCGUAAGCCUGUGAGCUGUAGCAGUGAGGAUGUGGGUGUAGUACCACCACGAAAUGUGCCCUUGAAUGCCCGGGACUAUGUGGAGAGCUUACACCAGAACAACAAAGCUACACUCCUCUAUGGCAAGAAUAACGUUCAUGUACAGCCUAAAGAACAAAUGGAGGCCAUGCCAGGCUACAUGUCCCUCCACCAGACAACUGAGGGGUUGGUCAUUAAAUGGACUCCCAACCACCUGAUGAACGGUUGCUGCCCAGACACCACAGAAGACAAGAGACCUUUCUAUAUGGAUUUGUGCUUUCAAAAAAGCAUCUAUUGGGAAUAUGCACUUAAUGUGCGGGUGGAGGAAAUCGUUUACGUCCACUGCCAUCAGCAAGCUGACUCUGGGGGAACAAUUGUUUUGGUUGGGCAGGAUGGAACUCAGUACCCACCUAUCCACUUUCCACGAGGUGGCCACCUCCUUGCCUUCCUCUCCUGCCUUGAAAAUGGUCUUCUUCCUCAUGGCCACCUUGAUCCACCUCUCUGGUCCCAGCGAGGGAAAGGUAAAGUGUUCCCAAAGCUGAGGAGAAAGGCUCGAGCAUUAGCCAACAGACAACACCAUGGUGGCAUUGAGAAUGAGGAAGAGGAGGCCACAGAUUAUGUAUUUAGGAUCAUCACAGCCCACAAACCCGACCGUCUAUCCCACGUGGAGCUGAUGUCUCCCUUGUUACGUGGUGGUUCUGGCUGGCUUCCCCGCGUCCCUAAACUUUCAUCACAUUCGUCCUCAACCUCCUCUUCCAAAUCACUCAGCCUUGGGGACUCCAUGAGUGAGGUCAUGCCACCACCUCCUACUCCAAAUCCAAGUUUGGAUGUUCCAUGUCCACCAGCAGAACAUCCCAGUGAAGGAGGGACAAGAAUGGGCACGAAUGAAAAGAACAGCGACUCACUUGAGCUUCUCUGUGCCACAAUGAAACACCAAAUUAUCUCACGGGCUUUCUAUGGCUGGCUGGCACACUGUCGACACUUAAGAACUGUUCGUACUCACCUGGCUGGCCUUGUUCUGCCCUCUGCCUCCACACCACCUCAUACACCAGCAUGGGAGGAAGGUGUGACUGAAGAAGCUUGGGUUGCUCUUCAUACUAAUGGCUGCCUCACCCAACAGGAGGAACUGUUGGCCCGAGUCUACCUUGGUGGUAUUGCCCCACAAAUUAGGAAAGAGGUGUGGCCAUACUUGUUGGGUCACUACAACUUCGGGAGCUCACUUGAGGAGAGGGAGGAACAGGACCGUCGUAUUCGUCAGACAUAUGAAACUACAAUGUCAGAAUGGUUGGCUGUGGAGGCCAUUGUUCGGCAGCGUGACAAAGAGAUAAUGGCAUUGAAUAUGGCCAAGCUGUCUUCUGAGUCACAAAAUGGAGAAAUACCACUGGUUGGGAGAGAGAGAUCUCUCAGCAAUGAGGUAUUUGAGCCAGACACAUUGAGUAUUGGGUCUGUGGAUAACCCCGGCACAGUGCAGGAGGAAGAUGAGGACCCUACCAUGGACGACUUAGAACAAUCAGAUAUCACCAGUGUGGACAUAGACGGUGAGAAUGUCACAAAUACCGAAAACAAUAGCCAUGCCGACACGUCACACACACAGAACAAAGAAAAUUUGACGACUGACGAAAGUGACAACAAUAAGAUAUAUGCUAAAGAGAAUCUGAGGCAAGAGAGCAAAGAAAGUGACACAGCUGAAGUAGCCAGUCCUACUUGUGUGGUGACACCUGAUGAAGGUGUAGAAGAAGGCCCCGAGGAGGUCGAUGAUCCAGAUAGCACAGCUCAACACUCGUCUGCCACCCAUGAAGCAGCCUGUGUUAGUGCCUCGUUCACCGUGGAGACAUGUAACCCCCCCAUCACCACCCCAGUUAUAGUUAGCAAAGCCUCCCUAGACAGUGGCAGCCACUCUGACGUAGUGAAUGGCGUGGAAGAUGAAAAUGCUGCUGACGAUGAAGUGAAAGGUAUCACUCAAAAUGAUGGUGAGGAAGACAUUGUCAAGGAAAAUGGAGAUGUUACUUCAGAAACUGAAACAGGAAAUGAUCAUAAGAACAAGGAUACUUUAGCAGUUGAGGAGAACCAAGAUGGCCACAGUUUGGAAUCCAGAUCAUCUUGUAUUUCUCCAGCAUCCUCUCAAGGAGGAGUUUAUUCAAUGGAACUACUAGAAACUUUUGGAUUAAAUCUUCACCGCAUUGACAAAGAUGUACAAAGGUGUGACCGAAACUACUGGUAUUUUACUCAAGACAACCUUGAGAAGCUGCGUAAUGUUAUGUGCACAUAUGUAUGGGAACAUCUCGACACUGGAUACAUGCAAGGAAUGUGUGAUCUAGUAGCACCACUUCUUGUUAUUUAUGAUGACGAAGCAUCUACUUACUCAUGUUUCUGUAAUCUAAUGGGCCGCAUGUCGCAUAAUUUCCCAAAUGGUGGUGCAAUGGAUCAACACUUUGCCAAUAUGAGGUCACUGAUUCAAAUAUUGGAUUCUGAAAUGUUCGAACUGAUGCAUCAGAACGGAGACUACACCCACUUCUACUUUUGUUACCGCUGGUUCCUCCUCGACUUUAAGAGAGAAUUAGUGUACGAUGAUGUGUUCACGGUGUGGGAAUCUAUAUGGGCAGCACGGCAUGCUUCCUCCGCUCACUUCGUCCUCUUCAUUGCGUUGGCCUUAGUGGAAUAUUAUCGCGACAUCAUCCUAGACAACAACAUGGACUUCACAGAUAUCAUUAAGUUCUUCAAUGAAAUGGCCGAGAGACAUGAUGCCAAAACUGUUCUCCACACAGCUAGGAAUCUUGUCCUUCAGCUUCAGACAUUAAUUGAGAACAAAUAAUCUACUUGACAAUAUGUAUGUGCCAAAGAGACAAGAUUUAUUGUAUAUGAUGAACUCUGAAACUGAGCUGACUAAAACUUAAGGGUAAGAACUAUAUACUGUACCCAUGGAUCCAGACAACAUACCUUUUGUUGUAGAAAUAUGAGCAUAUUACUACAGACCUCCAUUUGCAAGUUACAGUAAGGUUUUCAAACAAGUUGAAUAAUCCUGCAACUGCUGCUGGUACAUCAUUAGAUGGAGAACAUGAGGGCCCAGAAUUCAUUCAUUUCUGAAGGUAUUUCUGAUAGAUUUAUUUACUGUAUGUAUUUCUUGUAGUAAAAAUUAGUUAUGUAUUUUCAUGUACAGUACAGUAUUCAUAAAUUGAUCAUAUGGUUAAACAUGAAUAAACACAUACAUAUACAUGACAGAUGAGUUCAAUAACAAAUUCAUUACCAAACAAAAAAUAUAGAAACUACGCUUCAGAAGGCCUUACCUCUUGGUAGUACAUUAUUUAUAUAUACUGAUGAAUAAAUUUGCUGGUUUUCUUUAGCAACAGCCAUAUUUUAAAUUCAUGUGUAAACAGAAACUAACCUAACCCAACCUUACCUACCUACCUAGCUUAAUCUACACUUACUUUAGGUUAAUUUAAGUUUGUUUGCUUCAGUUCAUAUUUUGAGUUUUUAUAUUUAGUGGAUGAUAAGAUGUUGUAUUUGUCAGCCGUGUCAUGUCGGCUCUUUACUCUAUUCUCUUUGCCACUUGUCAGUUUACUAGUUGAUCAAGUGGUCAGUCAGUGUUCUGUUAGGCACUGUUGGCAGUACAGUACAGUACAGUAUAAGGCAUGCCAAAGUUUUUGUAUGUACCUGAAUAUAUGCCAGUGAUGGUCAAGUCUGGUGUUGAAGCAUUUCACACUUACUCUAGGGUUAUGACAACAUUCUCUGGAAGGUAUUCCAAGAGUUCACAACUCUAACUCUAAAGAUGAACUCUGAAGCUUUUUGUUGAGGCGAUAUAAACAGAGAAACCAGAUAUCAGAUGAACGAUGAUGUUAUAGAGAAAUCCAACUGUGAGAAAGAUUUAGGAGUAUUGAUAAGUAGGAAUCUUAAAAGAAGUAAACAAUGUGUAUUUGCUC